AUGCAGGGUGUGGCGGGAGCGUUCCUCGCCUUCCUAACCUUCGUGGUGCGGGACCAUUUCGCGCGACGGCCGCCCUGGGACGGCGGCGACGCCGACUGGUGCCGCUCGGAGGCUCUGACACCGCCUCCCGCCCCGCCUGCGCGGGACGACGCUGUCUGCCCUGUGAGCUGGGUCCACCCUGGCAUCGUGGAGGAGCUCGCGCAGCAGCUCGCCGCUGAUCGCUGCGUGUGCGAGGUUCAGUGCAACAGCGGGGCGAGGGACUUCGCCCUUUUCGCGGGCGGCGUGGGCUUCUUCGGCUUCGGGCAGCUCAUCUACGGGGUGACCUUCUUCGGCAACUCCUCCCUCGCCGCCGGCGGCCUCGUGGUCGUGGACGGCGACGCCGACGGCGCUGGGGCUCCCGCGGGGCCCGCUGGCGCGGUCGGCCUGGGCGCUGUGCGCGACGCUACCGAGGACCCGUUCGGUCCCCUGCGUGCGCGCGAGGAGCCCGCCGAGGGUCGUGUCUGGAUUGUGUGCGAGAACUCCGACGAGCACGAGACCCUCGGGCUGGAGGUCACGUUGAGGCCUGGCGACAUCGCCAUCACCAGCCACGACGGAUUGGUGCAUCGGCACGGCGGUUUCUUGAGGAUUCGCUCGGUGCCUUCCAGCGAGUGCGUCGACUUCGUUGCCCGCCUAAAGGCUCGCUACGCGUCGACUGCUGCUGAGCCGCCUGCUGGAGCCUUGGCGAUCGGCGGCGCGAAGACUCCUCCCGUCGAGGUCGACGACGACGUCAGGACCUUGUGGGUCGACUACGACGAGUCUGGGAACCGUUUCAAGUCCUUCAAGAGGGCCGUGCAGGAGAGCCGCGAGGAGCCCAUCACGGCCGUGGAGGUGCAGGGCCCGCCUGGCACGCUCCACCUCGCUCGGUUCAUCGAGCGGUACGGCGGGGGCCCGCGGCGCUGGUGGCAGGGCUUCGCGCGGGACCACGGCAUCAGCAAGACGGACAGGGUCUACCACGAGAUGACGAACCUCACGGAGAGCCUGAAGUUGUUCGGCGAGUACGACCAGCUCAACUUGGGCGCCUCCGCGGGCAUCGAGAAGUUGACGAGACGCAUCGGCGGAGUGAUCGACGCCUGCGCGACAGGCGGGGGGGUCCCGAGCUGGAAGAUGGCAGGCGUCUACGAGGGCGAGGCCAACUCGAUCGACGCCAUCGCCCCCGCCUUGCGCAAGUGGGGCCUGGCCAAGGUGAAGGACCAGAACGAGCUGGGGCAG